UUCCGGCCACCGGUAGAGGAUUUGUUGUGGUUUGUAGCAGUAGCAGCACCAGGAAGUCUUGUGCUUUUGAUAGUCUUUACCUUGUUUUUAAGGCUGUAACUGAAAUGUGAUUUUACUUCUAAGUUACAUUACUGACGCGUAUGCUCACAAAUCUAAAUAGCGAUCAAUUAACUUGGGUAUCAUAACCAUGUUAUUACGGCAUGGGGAUGCUACGAAGAAGCUAAUUUAACAGGUGUCGAAUAAACGCUAGAACAAUGCUACCGAGGCACUGUGCUCUUCAUGGAGCUUUUGGAUAAUGUCCAUGAUCCUGUUUGCCUUUGUGGUUCGAGUGAGGGAUGGACUCCCUCUGUCGGCCUCUACUGACUUUGAACACAACCCAGAGCUGCAGGAGCGCAAACAUCAGCUCCGCACCAUCAGCAAGGCCCUGGACCGCUUUCCCGACAGAGGCACUGUCAAGGGCCAGCAGCUCCACAUUUACUUCACCUCCUCUGAUGGUGUAUCCUACAUGACCGUGUGUCACUGUAGCCUCCCUGUAGCUAAGGCCUUCUGCUUUCUAGAAGACUUGCGCUGGGAGUUCACGGCAGGUUUCAGCAGUGCCGUUGUUUCUCUGGCAGUCAGGCCGUAUCCAUUUUUAGAGUUUGACAGUACUAUUCAGAGGCUAAAGCAGCAGUACAACCAGUGUGGUAGUCCUGCUCUGGAGGUGACAUUGGCUGAAGUCCAAGAUGAUCUGAAAAUCCACCCACCUCAGGUUAUCACUUUUGAAGAGGUGGACCUAAGCAAUGGCAUUGCUAAUGGGCAUAUAGAGCCUGCCUCUGGGUCUGGACAAAACGUAAGACUUGAACCAGUAACAGCUCCUGGAGUCCUUUCUCUGGUCCUCAAUAUUGUGUGUGCAUCUCUGAAUUUGAUCCGUGGAGUACAUCUUUUUGAAUAUACACUCCAGGAUGAUAACGAUAGUAUUUGGAAUGUUGUGGCAUUUCUUCUAGCAUUUAUCAGCGGCAUUUGUCAGUGCCACCUGUACGUGUUCCAUUCCUCUCUGAAGAAAUUGAAAUCUUUCACUCUGCUCAGUGUGAUCGUCUUAUGCAACUUGUAUCUGCUCGGCCUGAGGAACAUGUGGCAGCUGGCUUUCCACAUCUCUGUCGCGUGCUUGUCCACUGUCCUCAUUCUCUCACGCAAACUUCAAGACAAAAUCAAUGACUGUGGAGUGUGAGAGGGAUGAGUGGUUUUCCAUUUUUGGUGUUUUUAUUUCUUCUGUUAAUUGGAGGUAAGAUGCAAAGGGCUUUAUUUGACAUAUUUCAUGAGCAUAACAUUUUAAAUAACUUUACCAUGCACUUUAUAUGUAUGGUUUUAAACACUGUAAAAGAGAUACAAGUAAUCUUUUUUUUUAAAAAGAUAAAAUGCUCCAGGGGUGUACGUUUUAAAUGAAACUUAUUCUCUGCUGGAACUUUCCAAACCAAAUGUGGGGUCUGCUUGGUACAUUAAACUGCAUCCUGCUAUUUAUACAUGUCAGUUUGAAAAUAUUGUAGUUGAUAAAUACAACUAUUUUGGGACUUAAUUGCAUUUUCACUGGAAUUUGUUGAAUGGAUAACUUUUUAAAAAACGAAUUCUAUAACUACAUUUACAGUUCUGACAUGUACACAAGUGACAGCUUUGUAUGCAGCAUGUUUUUGACCAUUUAAAAUCUAGUCUAAUGUUUAAGACGCCAUAUAAACAAAAAUAGCAUUACAAAAUUAUCUGAUUGAAUGCACUGACUUAUUUAAGUAAUGUUAAUGAUACUAUUUGAACAUGGCUGCACUAGUAUUUGUCUAUGUUGGACCGAUAUUUUCGAAUGUUGUCUGCUUAAGCUAAACAAAAGAAAUAUCUUUAGGAUAUCAGGGGUUUUUGUACUUAUUUUGAGGUUAAUUUGUUUUGUUUUUUUAGGUUUGUUUGUUGAAGCAUAGAGAAGGAGAUGGAUGCAUUGGUAGAGCUGCUAAUAGACUUAAAUUUUAAUAAGCUUGGGGUUGUUUAUAAUAUUUUUUGUAGAAAGCUUUUUAAGGCUGUAGUUGCACUAUUAGAUGGAAAAAUAGGAAACAUUUAAAAUAUCAGCAAAAACCCGUCCACACUUUUCAUGAAAUUAAUAUGUUACAAUAUGUAUUACUAUAUUCAUGGAGAGAAUGUCAAUUGACUCAACACUGAUUUUUACAAGCAAUGUCCUUGGAAGACAAAAUAUUUUGACCAAAUUAAUAUGAAAUCGAAGUGUAUGUACAUGAAGAACAAGCUAAACUGAAGUGAUCAUGAAGGCUUGUAAAUUAUCUGAAUCUGGGGUUUACAUAUUACCCGGUAACAUUAAUGGUUUAGCUACAGUCUGUUUAACAAUUGUAUUUAAUGUAACAUGCAUUGUAUCUGCCAAAUACACUGUUUAUACUUUCUAUACUGAGGUAAAUCUGACAUUUCAAUAAUAAAUCUAGUCUUUUCACAAACC